UAUUUAAAUAGGAAGGAGAACAAAAAUCUCGGAGAAAAGAAGAAGAGUUGAAUCGGAGGAGAAGAGGAGCUGAAUCAUCACUGUCGUCUUCUUCGUUCGCACGUCGGAAUCAUCAAAGAAGCUUGAUAGAUCCUUCUCAACUAAGACUUCACUCUUACCCAACCUUUUUGAUAGAUGCCGGGAAAUUCGGCUUCUCUCGGUCACCUCCGGGGGUUCUCAGGAGGAGGUUGCAGACAUUCACUGCUUACUAUAGUAUGGACCGUUGUGGGAUUCUUACUCGUCACUCAUCUCAUCUCUCUCUACACCAGAAAAGAUAAUAACAUUGAUGAUCAACAACACCAACCUCCUUCUCAUCACUUACAACUACUAAACCCUUCUGCUCUCCAUGAGCUUGUUAGAGUCGAAGAAGAGAUCUUGAGAUUACCUCCACCUAGGAAGCGCUCUCCUCGUACAGGCAAACGGAGAUCUAGGAAACCCAUCCCCUUGGCUGAAGAGUUCCUCGACGACAAGUCACCCAUCAGACAUCUCUUCUUUCCCGACAUCAGAACCGCAUCCUUUGGUCCAACCAAGGACAUGGGCGACGAUGCGUUUCAUUACUCCCCCGGGAAAAUUUGGUUGGACACGGAAGGUAACCCAAUUCAAGCUCACGGCGGAGGGAUUCUGCACGAUGACAAAUCUAACAUUUACUAUUGGUACGGUGAAUAUAAAGAUGGACCAACCUACCAUGCUCACAAGAAAGGACCAGCUAGAGUUGAUAUUAUAGGGGUAGGUUGUUACUCUUCAAAGGACUUAUGGACAUGGAAAAACGAAGGCAUUGUACUCGGAGCUGAAGACACAAACAAGACUCACGAUCUGCAUAAAUCUAAUGUCCUUGAGCGGCCCAAAGUGAUCUACAACGACAAGACUGGCAAGUAUGUCAUGUGGAUGCAUAUCGACGACGCUAACUACACUAAAGCUUCUGUUGGUGUAGCCAUCAGCGAUAACCCAACAGGUCCGUUUCAGUAUCUAUACAGCAAACGUCCGCACGGGUUCGAUAGUCGAGACAUGACUGUCUUCAAAGACGACGACGGUGUUGCUUACCUGUUUUAUUCUUCUGAGGUCAACAGUGUGCUUCAUAUCGGACCCUUGACAGAAGACUACCUAGAUGUGACGCCGGUUAUGAAGACAGUUAUGGUUGGACAGCACAGGGAAGCUCCUGCUCUCUUCAAGCAUGAGAGUACUUAUUACAUGAUCACUUCUUGGUGCACUGGCUGGGCGCCUAAUGAGGCCCUGGCUCAUGCGGCUGAGUCGAUAAUGGGUCCAUGGGAGAAGUUGGGGAACCCCUGCGUCGGUGGUAAUAAAGUUUUCCGGUUAACAACCUUCUUUGCGCAGAGCACGUAUGUGUUUCCUUUGCCUGGUGUUCCUGGUGCGUUUAUCUUCAUGGCGGAUAGGUGGAAUCCUGCUGAUCUGCGGGAUUCGAGAUACGUGUGGUUACCGUUAGUGGUAGGAGGACCGGCUGAUCAGCCUCUGGAGUCCAGUUUCGGGUUCCCAAUGUGGUCGAGAGUGUCUAUAUACUGGCACAGUAAAUGGCAUUUACCUUAGAACAGGCAAACAGACAGCUAAACAUUUGUUUUUACCGAUCGAGUCUUUGUUGUUGAUUUAUUUUAUAGAUUAGGCCAUUUUCAUACAAACCAUUGUGAAGGUUAUAUAAUAAUUUCUAAGAAAUGUUUUACUCA